AUGGCGAACGCAACUGGAAAUAUUUGCUCUGGACCAAAACGCCCUCGACCUUCAGAUUCGUCGGAUCCAGAGCCAAAUCCAGUGUAUAGCUCUCCCAGCAGCCUAGACUCCACUAUCGAAACUGUCCUUAGAAAGGCAGUUCGCAUGCGAGUUGAUGCCGAUAAAGCCCACUCCAGUCUCAUUGGCAGGAUUAAACUACUGGAGGAACACGCAGCUCAAGGCACUUCUCCAUCUGGCCUCAGGAUAAAAAAAGUCCAAGCAAAAGGUCAAAACGUGGAAGCACUUCAAGCCAAAUUUGACGGCAUUAUCCGCGAGGCAGAAGUACAAUUGCUGGAGGCUACAAUUGAUCAUCUCCGCUCCGAGGUUAAGGAUCAUCAGGAGGCAAUCCGUGCUACUACUGCCAAUAUAGAUGGCACUAUUGCGCGCUGGAAGGAACAGCUUCUGAAGAACGAUAUCUCGAACGCAAAAGCGACCAGUCUCGUAGAGGCCGCCGUAGCAUUUGUGGAGAAGUUAUCCAAAGAUACCGCGGUCUCGCAGGCUUCCAAAGCCCUCCAAGCGGAGAUAACCCGAACGGCAAAAAACAGAAGUCAGGCAAUGAUGGACGAUAGCGAGGUUUUCGUUGCCUCGGAAGAGUCUAUUAGAGAUAUUAUUCGAAACGAGCUCCGCGGUCUUACUUCAGGCACUACAAGCCCUAACGAGGAAAACCGGCAGCGGAAAGUUUCCAUAUCCGAAAGAAGGAAUAAUGGCAAGUCGAAAGGCAAGUCACGUCGAAGUAGAUCCACAAGUCGCGGUCAAGCCCAGCAACGCCAAAGGUCAACCUCUGCCAAACGGUCUAACCGACCUCAAAAGUGGUCAAAAAACUCCCGAGGAAAAGGUUCAGGCCACGUAAAAUAG